CGGCCGUACAAAACUAUUGCAGCCGUGUUGUAAGAAUAUUGAUAAGACAAGAUGCUGACAUACCUAUUUACAUAAUGCCACUAUCAAGCAACAAUCAACUUAUUUGUUUUGCUUCUUAUUAAAAUGGAGAAAAAGUCACGAAGAAAUAAAAUGAAGUCUAUAGAAAGUUUGGUUUGCUUAGCAAGAGCAGUAGAAAACCAGCAUACAACAAUUGAUUUACAAAAUGAAACUUCUGUUUAUGGAUUUAUUGAAGAAGUUGAUUGUGAUAUGAAUAUAACUAUGUGUGACGUUACCUUUACGGAUGCCAAUGGAAAAAGGUUUUCUAGUGAUAAGUUAUUCUUAAAAUCAAGACUGAUUCGUUAUAUUCAUUUACCUCCAAAUAUGGAUGUAUUUACUUCAAUGAGAGAAGUGAUAAAAAAAACAUUUCCUCCUAAAAUUAAGACUUCUAGUUAUUCAUUUAAGAAGAAAAAAAUUGCUGCAAAACAUGAAAAACUUAAAAAAGAAGUGCAAAGUAUGAAAGAGACACUAAAAAGACAGUAGUAGUAAAUGGGUAGAUUAAAUUUUAAUAAAUAAUUGCAUAAACAAAGUUUGAACAUUUUUUAAUAUUUAUGAAUACCUAAUAUUGAUUCAUGGGGAUCACAUCCGCAGAGCUAAACCCAUGUGUUAGACAGAUAUUUUUUGUAUAUGAUUUCUGCUUAAUUAAUGGACAACUUGGGAUUAAAUUAAUCCAGUUGCUUGUUAUGUAUUUUCAUAAAUAAAACAAAAAAAAUAAUAAGAUUGGUGUAAACUAGCUUUUGAUACAUUAAUUUAUUAAAUUGUGUUUUUUUUUUACAUUUUUAUACUUUAAAGGUAUUUUUUCUGCGCGUUUACAUAAAAUUGACCAUUUCUUUACAGCCUAUGAUAUUCUCGCUUUAUUUACUGGUGCCAUUGAUCUGACUUCCAAGUCACAUUGGGUUUAAUACAUAUUAUACAUCUAGUCUCUACUGAACACAUAUGUGUUUAUAUUUGUUUAUUAAUGUCUACAGAUAAAAAAUGUAAAAAUAUACACAUUUUUUCAUUUAUAUUUUCUAUUAUUACAUGGUAGGUAUAA